AUGCCUGAAACCUCCUCAUCUGCACUAGGUCCGUCACCACCACGCAUACAAGUGCGGACCUGCAAACUGUGUCGUCAGCGAAGAGUCAAGUGCGACCGCCAGGUCCCACGAUGCUCCAACUGCCUGCGGUCCGAAAAUACCUGUGUCUACCCGCCCGGUCGGGGCAGGGCGCCUAAGAGACCAAGACAGGGCGUGGACCCCCGGAUCCCUGAACGUUUGUCCCGCCUUGAGAGUAUCAUCCACCAAUUUAGCAUAGCUGCCCAGGAGAAUCAUCAGGCUCAAGAAAACUCUCACGCUCGAGAAGCGAGCGAGACCCAUCCAUUUGAUCUAGACUUCAGUCGUCUUAAAGUUGAUGAGUCCAAAAGCUACUACGUGAACAAUGCGCUUUGGGUCACAUUGUCCAAUGAGGUUGAGGAACUCCGUGACCUCUUAUUUGAGCCCGCGAGCGAGGAUGUUGUCCAAGAUCCGGCGCCAUCACCAUACCCCUCGCAUUCUUCAUCCACCACCAGUACUGCCACCAGCUGUCCUUCCUCUCAGCUGGGGCUGGAUGCCGCCAUCUUCGGCUAUCGAGCCAUUGCCUCCUCCCUCCAGCAUUUCCACCCGUCAUUGACCCAGGCUGUCACUCUUUUCGCCGCAUUCAGAGAGAAUGUUGUGCCACUAGUCCGCAUCUUCCACAUGCCUACCUUGACACGUGUCUACUGGGACGCCAUUGCUUCUCUUGACUCUCUUGAUAAGCAUACCGAGACUCUCAUCUUUGCUAUUCACUACUCGGCCGUGGUUAGUCUCACUCCGGAACAGUGUAUUGGCAUCCUCGGCGAGACGCGUGAAGCCGCCCUAGAGAGAUACCGGUUCGCCGUACAACAAGCACUCGCGCGUGGUAACCUGCUCAACACCCAGAGAAUGACGAUGCUACAGGCGGCAGUGCUCUUCUUAUCGGCAUUACCUAAUGAGGACGACUCGCGUGCCGCUUGGUGGCUGACAUCGCUCAUAUACCACAUUGCACGAACCAUGGGCCUGCACCGUGACGGGACGGUGUUCCGGCUCAAACCGUUCGAGACAGAGCUACGUCGACGCCUAUGGUGGCAGAUCUGCAUCAUAGAUAGCCGCUCGUCCGAGUACCACUGCAACGAACCUAUCGUGCAGCACUUUGCGUCGGACACCAAGCCACCCCUGCACGUCAACGACGUUGACUUGUCGCCUGACAUGGUAGAGCCCCCAGCUGAGCGAUGGGGCCACGCGACAGAUAUGACGCUUUCCCUGGUCCGAUGUGAGGCUAUACAGACAGGUUGGAAGCUAGGUCUUAUAAACCAGAACCGGCCCAGGCAGCCAGAUAGCAGCAAUGCUCCAAUAGCAGAUGGCUCCGAAGAACCUGCCAAGAAAUGCCGAGUCUUGAUCCAGAACCUAGAAGCGAGCUUCCGCAGCAAAUAUCUGCCCAUCUGCGAUUCCUCCGUGCCAUUCCAACUCCUGUCUUCAGCGGUAGCCCGGAUCAUCCUGGCACGCUUCUGGCUCACGACACAAUACUCCAUUGCGUCAAGCGAGAGUCAAGCAGACGUCAAGAAAAACAAGAGCAGCUUAUUCCCAAAAGCCCCUGACAGCACCGGCCAGUUAGAGAACAACAUGCGCGAUGAGCUCUUCCGAAAUUCCAUCGAGAUAUUAGAAGUAUCGGGCAUGCUUCUAACAAACAAAGACGUUAUGAAAUGGAGCUGGAACUCAACGACAUACAUCCAGUGGGGCGCAAUGGCAUUUGUACUUUCCGAAUUAUGCGCCCGGUCCCACUCUCCCGAGUGCGAUCGCGCGUGGAACUGCGUGACGACUGUUUACGACGCAUGGAAAAUCAGUGGAGAUCAAGAAGACGAGAGCCGCCUCGCCCUCUGGCGACCUAUCCGGCGGCUUAUGGCCAAGGCCCGCUAUGUGAGGGAAAUGCAACGCACAGAUCAGGAAUGGCCGGUACAGGCUGGAAAGGAGACUCAGCGUUAUGACCCUAUACCGUGUCCGCCCGCCGCGGAAGUUCUCUCCCAUUAUCCCGAGUUGAUCAACAUCAAUGCCUGGUACACACCGUCACAGCGGACGAUGUGUACGAUGCCAACCCCAGAGCCCUCGCUGUCUGCGUUUUCCUCGGGUCCGUAUAGCAACGAGGCUUCGGAUGUUUCCCUGGGAAUACUUGGCGCCGAAACGCUGAGCCACUUCAUAGACUUCCUUCCAGACCGAUGCUGGGCAAAUGGUGAUGGUGAGAUCGCGUCAUUAUUUCCGGGCGUUGAUCUUGAGCUCCAUUCGAGGUUGUCUUGA